GCAGACUCUGUGUUCAUGAUGGCGAACGCCUCUGGAAGGUUCUCGGGACAGAAAGCUCAGCUCUUCAUGCCCCAGUUUAAGGAGAACGACACACACUGCGUCAUAUUCCAGUAUUACGGUGCGGGUCGAGAGGCGUCCAGCCCCGGCCAGCUCUACAUCUACGUCCGGGAGAACAACAGUCCUCUGGGAGUGCCGGUGUGGAACGCGUCCGGUCCCGCCCUGCAGAAGUGGACCCAGGUGGAGCUCGCCGUCAGCACCUUCUGGCCCAACUACUACCAGCUGGUGUUCGAGAUGGUGGCGUCUGGGGAACGAGGUCUGCUGGCCGUCAGAGGAAUCUCCCGUCAGGGUCAUCAGUGCAUGAACACGCCUCACUUCCUGCACAUUAAAGGUGUGGAGGUCAACGCCAGACAGACGGCCACGUUCCAGUGCACUAUUAACGGGCAGCCCAAAGAUCACGUCAACUACAUGCUCUGGUUACAGGGCAUCGGGGGCCGCGAGGCUCCUAUGAAGGACACGAAACCGGUGAACUCCAGACGCUACACCGGCACCUUCGACAUCCUCAACACCACGAAGAGCGACUCAGGCCGAUACCGGUGCAUCGUCCACUCAGAGAGGGGUGUGGGAGUGUCCAGCUACGGGGCGCUGGUGGUCAAACAGCCUCCGAUUCCCAUCGCUCCUCCUCAGCUGACGGCCGUCGGCGCCACCUACCUGUGGAUCCAGCUCAACGCCAACUCCAUCAACGGAGACGGGCCCAUCGUGGAGAAAGAGGUGGAGUACCGCACUCUCUCCGGGAGCCUGAUCGACAACCAGCCCGUGGACAAACCCAACCACAAGAUCGGCCACCUGGACCCCGACACCGAGUACGAGAUCAGCGUUCUGCUCACCAGACCGAACGAGGGCGGCACCGGAGCGCCAGGACCCCCGCUGAGGGCCAGAACCAAGUGUGCAGAUCCCAUGCACGGCCCUCGGAGACUCCAGGUCGUGGACAUCAAGUCCAGGCAGUUCACGAUCCGCUGGGAGCCGUUCGGAUACAACGUGACGCGCUGCUACAGCUACAACCUGACGGUGCAGUACCGCUACACGGCCAGCGCUAAAGAGGAGACGCGCGAGGAGGUGUGUUACGAUACGCCGAGUGUGCCGCCGCAACACACCAUCCGCAGCCUCCCGCCGUACACCAACGUCAGCAUCCGACUGCUCCUGCGCAACCGCGAGGGCGUGAAGGAGAGCGACGAGCUGCGAGUGCUGACCGACGAGGACGUGCCCGGCGCCGUCCCGCUGGAGUCGGUCCAGGGAAGCACGUUUGAGGAGAAGAUCGGCCUCCGCUGGAGAGAGCCGCUGCAGACCUACGGGGUCAUCAAGCAGUACGAGAUCUUCUACAAGGCCGUCAGCUCCUUCGACCCCGAGUUCAUCUUGACCAAUCAGAGCGGGAAGGUCCUGAAGUCCAGCAACGAGACGACACACGUGUUCCCGGGCCUCUAUCCCGGAUCCACGUACUCCUUCACCAUCAGAGCCAGCACUGUGAAGGGAUACGGGCCGCCCGUCAUCACGCAGUUCACCACCAAGAUCUCACCUCCGCGUAUGCCGGGAUAUGAGCAGGAGAGUCCGCUGAACCAGAGCGACAGCACAGUGACGGUUCUGCUGAAGCCGGCCCGGAGUCGAGGAGCGCCCGUCAGUGUGUAUCAGGUGGUGGUGGAGGAGGAGCGUCCCCGUCGUUCCCAGAGAGCUGCUGAGAUCCUGCGCUGUUAUCCCAUUCCCAUCCACUUCCAGAACUCGUCCGGUCUGAACUCCCAGUACUACUUCAGCGCUGAGUUCCCCUCGGCCCGGAUCCAGGCGCCGAUGCCCUUCACCGUCGGGGACAACCGGACCUACGGCGGAUACUGGAACCUUCCGCUGCUCCCGCACAAGAGCUACAGCGUCUACUAUCAGGCCGUCAGCACAGCCAAUGGGGAAACUAAGAUCGAUUGUGUUCGUGUGGCCACUAAAGCUGCCAUUAUUGUGACACAGCUCACCACACCAUAUGUGCGAAUCGCACCCGCUGCCGGCGACAGCCAACUAACAGGUGCUGCGACCCGUAAGCCUGACGCCGUGGAGCCGGAGAAACACACGGAUCACACGGUGAAGAUUGCAGGAGUCAUCGCUGGAGUCCUGCUCUUCGUCAUCAUCUUCCUCGGUGUGGUGCUGGUCAUGAAGAAACGAAGAUCCUAUCACUCCUACACUUACUACCUGAAACUGGCGAAGAAGCGCAAGGAGACGCUGAGCAACACGAGGCAGGAGAUGACGGUGAUGGUGAACUCCAUGGACAAGAGCUACGCCGAGCAGGGCACCAGCUGUGACGAGGCCAUCUCCUUCAUGGACACACACAACCUCAACGCAAGACCUGUGUCGUCGCCGUCCUCGUUCACCGUGAAGACUAACACACUGAGCACAUCCGUGCCGAACUCCUACUAUCCAGACCCGUUUGUGCCGACCGCCAUCUUAGUGCCCAUUAAUGAUGAGAGCCAGACGAUGACCAGCGAGACCAGCAGCCUGGUGCAGUCACACACACACUCCUAUAAGAAGCGCGAGGCGCUGGACGUGCCGUACCAGACCGGACAGCUGCACCCGGCGAUCCGAGUGGCCGAUCUCCUGCAACACAUCACACAGAUGAAGUGUGCCGAGGGCUACGGCUUCAAGGAGGAGUACGAGAGCUUCUUCGAAGGACAGGCGGCGCCGUGGGACUCGGCCAAGAAGGACGAGAACCGAAUGAAGAACCGUUACGGGAACAUCAUCGCAUACGAUCACUCACGUGUGCGACUGCAGCCUCUGGACGGAGAGCAGAGCUCCGAUUACAUUAAUGCUAAUUAUGUUGAUGGCUACCAUCGACCGAACCACUACAUCGCCACACAAGGCCCGAUGCAGGAGACCGUCUACGACUUCUGGAGGAUGAUCUGGCAGGAGAACACCGCAACGAUCGUCAUGGUUACCAAUCUGGUCGAGGUCGGCCGGGUGAAGUGCUGUAAGUACUGGCCUGACGACACUGAGAUCUACAGGGACAUGAAGGUGACGCUCAUCGAGACGCAGCUUCUCUCGGAAUACGUCAUUCGAACCUUCGCUGUGGAAAAGCGAGGAGCUCAUGAGAUCAGAGAGAUCCGGCAGUUCCACUUCACCGGCUGGCCGGAUCACGGAGUGCCGUAUCACUCCACGGGUCUGCUGGGAUUCAUCCGCCGGGUCAAAGCCAAGAGUCCUGCGAGCGCGGGGCCGAUGGUGGUGCACUGCAGCGCUGGAGCCGGACGCACCGGAUGCUUCAUCGUCAUCGACAUCAUGCUGGACAUGGCGGAGCGAGAAGGAGUCGUGGACAUUUACAACUGCGUCAGAGAACUGCGCUCUCGCAGGGUUAACAUGGUCCAGACCGAGGAGCAGUAUGUGUUCAUCCAUGACGCCAUCCUGGAGGCGUGUCUCUGUGGCGACACCACAAUCCCGGCCAAUCAGCUUCGCUCGGUGUAUUACGACAUGAACCGCUUGGACCCGCAGACCAACUCCAGCCAGAUCAAGGAGGAGUUCCGGACGUUGAACAUGGUGACGCCGACGCUGCGCGUGGAGGACUGUAGCAUCGCUCUGCUGCCGCGGAACCACGAGAAGAACCGAUGCAUGGAUGUCCUUCCUCCUGACCGAUGCCUGCCCUUCCUCAUCACCAUCGACGGCGAGAGCAGCAACUACAUCAACGCCGCGCUCAUGGACAGCUACAAGCAGCCGUCGGCGUUCAUCGUUACCCAGCAUCCUCUGCCCAACACCGUCAAGGACUUCUGGCGGCUGGUGCUGGACUAUCACUGCACAUCUAUCGUCAUGCUGAACGACGUGGACCCUGCGCAGUUGUGUCCUCAGUACUGGCCUGAGAACGGUGUUCACCGCCACGGCCCGAUCCAGGUGGAGUUUGUGUCGGCGGAUCUCGAGGAGGACAUUAUCAGCAGGAUCUUCCGCAUCUAUAACGCGGCGCGGCCUCAGGACGGGUACCGGAUGGUCCAGCAGUUCCAGUUUCUGGGCUGGCCGAUGUACCGGGACACUCCGGUGUCCAAACGCUCGUUCCUCAAACUCAUCCGACAGGUGGAGAAAUGGCAGGAGGAGUACGAUGGAGGAGAGGGAAGGACCGUCGUUCACUGCCUGAACGGUGGCGGACGCAGCGGGACCUUCUGUGCCAUCAGCAUCGUGUGUGAGAUGUUACGACACCAGCACUCGGUGGACGUGUUCCACGCCGUCAAAACACUGAGAAACAACAAACCCAACAUGGUGGACCUCCUGGAUCAGUACAAGUUCUGCUAUGAAGUGGCUCUGGAAUACUUGAAUUCUGGGUAAAGUGUGUGGACGCGUCCCGUUCUUCCCCUUUUCCCCGGACACUGAAACGAC